AUGUUAAUAAAUGCUCAAUUUCUAACCAUUAGCCAUACACUACUAUUCCUUACUCAGCUACCACCAACAGACCGUCCAACCUACGAAUUUGCUUCCCAUGACUUAACCGUCCACCAUCAACCAUCAACCUCCGGAACAAGCAAACAGCAACAGAAUGUCCCAUCUUCCCUAACCGACUUAACACCGUCAACCUCUGGAACAAGGGAGACUUCAAUUCCACCUAUUCUUCCAAGAAAAAUUUCCAAGCCUACUGGACCUGGAUCUACUCUGCAACCAACAAACCCCUCAAGGAAUACAGAAACCAAACCAUCUGCCAAGAGAAGCUUGCACUAUCUAGAACAGCUGGAACCAAACACAAAGAAAAAAAGUCUCAGUCCAGCACAAGAAGUAAUGAUUGAAUUGGCAAGAGAAGAGCAUGCAUGGCUCAAACGUGAGCAUGAAUUAAGAGUUGAAAUCCUUCAGCUAGAAAUACGAACUGCACAAUACAAGGAGAGGAAGCUCGUAGAUCACUUAACAAAGUCAAUGCUAAUUUGA